AUGGAACUUCGCCGUCUCUUCCCCGUCUUGGUCCUGCUCGUCCUCUCCGCCUCGCUUCUUCCGCUCGCUUCCUCCCGAGUAUUUCCGUCGCAGGCAAUCGGCCACGAGCGCUCCCCAAGGCAAUUUGACUGCAGCAAGACGUCGUGGCCCGAGGUUGUGGGCAUGACGGGCCAGGCGGCUCGCGCCUACAUCCAGUCGUCAGUGCCGCAGUGCAACUAUGACAUCGAAAUCAUCCCUUGGCAGGCUUUGGUCACCGCCGAUUAUCGCGCCGAUCGCAUUCGCAUCUUCGUGGACGAAGGCGGGAUUGUUCAAAUGAUUCCCGUGGUUGGGUAA